GCUGUCCUGCCUCUUGGCUUAGCAGUAAGAACACCAAAGCUCCAAUGGCCGCUCUUGGUGCUAGCCUUGCCUUGCUAGUUUGGUUUGUUUUCCUAAUCUUUGUCUCAGUAUGGAAGAGGAUUUACAGCAGUUGGAAACUUCCCCCAGGCCCAUUUCCUCUUCCAAUCGUUGGAAACAUCUUCGACUUGGAUUUAAAAAAUAUCCCCAAAUCUUAUGCCAAGCUAGCUAAAGAAUAUGGCCCUGUGUUCACAGUAUACAUUGGCUCAAAGCAUAUCGUGGUGUUACAUGGAUACGAAGUUGUGAAGGAAGCUCUGCUCGAUCUUAAGAACGAGUUUGCAGGGAGAGCAGAUAUACCAGUCUUUGAGGCCCAUCAGGAUUUUGGAAUUAUUUUCAACAACUCAGAGACAUGGAAAGACACACGUCGAUUCACCCUCACAGUCCUCAGGGAUUAUGGAAUGGGGAAGAAGAGCAACGAAGAAAGAAUUCUGAGAGAAUCUCAGUUCCUACUUGAGAUACUCAGAAAGACAAAUUCCCAGCCAUUUGAUCCAACCUUUGUCCUUGGUGGUGCUCCCUUAAAUGUCAUCUACAACAUCCUUUUCCACGACCGCCUUGACUAUUCAGACAAGAGAUGUCAGAAGCUGUUACAUCUGUACAAUGAGAACUUCUACCUUUUAAGCACGCCCUGGAUUCAGAUUUACAAUAAUAUAGGAUCUUACUUACGUUACCUGCCUGGAAGUCACCGGACACUUUAUAAAAAUAUAUCUGAAGCAAAACAGUAUGUAUCUGAACGAGUCAAAGAGCACCAAGAAUUACUGGAUCUCAACGACCCUCAAGAUUUAACUGAUUGUUUACUCAUCCAAAUGGAGAAGGACAAAAAGAAUCAAAAGAAUGGAUUUGACUUGGAAAAUGUAACAGUCACUGUGGCAGAUUUACUUUUUGCUGGAACAGAGACAACCAGUACCACUCUGAGAUAUGGACUCUUGCUCCUUCUAAAAUACCCAGAAGUGGAAGAAAAACUUCAUGAAGAAAUUGAUCGAGUGAUUGGAUCAGAACGAAUGCCUUCGAUGAAGGACAAAGUAAACAUGCCUUACACGGAUGCCGUGGUGCACGAGAUCCUGAGAUUCAUUAAUCUUGUCCCUUCCAACCUGCCCCAUGUAAUGAAUCAAGACAUGCAAUUCAGAGGAUACUUUCUCCCCAAGGGCACAACAGUAUAUCCGACGCUGACCUCUGUCAUGUUGGACAGCAAAGAAUUCCCUAAUCCAGAACAAUUUGACCCAGGACACUUUCUGAAUGAAAAUGGAAAAUUUAAGUACAGUGACUAUUUCAAAGCUUUUUCUGCAGGAAAGCGUGUCUGUGUUGGAGAAGGUCUAGCUCGAAUGGAAUUAUUUUUAUUCAUGAUCAUCAUUUUACAGCAUUUUAAUCUGAAAUCUCUUGUCAGUCCAGAAAAGAUUGAUACCAGCCCAAUAACUAUUGGUUUUGGUUCUGUCCCACCAAUUUACAAGCUCUGCCUUCUGCCCCGAUCAGAGAUGUGAAGACGGGACUGUUCUAAAUGUGCAAAUCACCUGCAUGUGACAGUCUGGGAAUCUCACUUCUGAAAUGGAUUGUGUUGCUGUCAUAACAUUGGUACCAGAGCAAGAAGCCACCUUCAUCUAGGUCACUAGGCCUGAAGAUCAUCACACCCAAUCUUGGACCCCGUGUAUACUAUCCUUUCAGAGCUGUGCUUAUAUUUUUGUCUCUCUGGGUGACUGGCUGGAUCUUUGUUCCCUUUUCCUUUGCCCCCUUACCUCAUGUUCCCUGAACAUUUAAAGUUUAAUAUUUUUAUUUCCUUGUGUGAGAUAAAAUUCACCUACAAUAAAGGCCUGGUACUUUUAUUAUUA